AAAAAAAAUAUAAGAGAUCAACAAUAUCUUGAAAAAAAGGCAAAAAAAAAAGCACAUAGGCCGGGCAAGACCACUUUGAGUGCUUAACAAAUUCAAUCGGUUUGGUCUAUUGUGCCCGCCCUAUGCCAAAAAUAAAAAUAAAAAUAAAAGGCGAUAUCGCUUCAUUUAAUUAAUUUAUUUAUUUCGGAAAGGAACUUUCAAAAUAAAAAAGGGAAGAGUUAUUUUGUAAACUAUAAUUAAAAGUAGCCAUGGAGUUUGCAAAAUACAAAAUUCAAAUCCCCUUUUUCGUCUUUGUAACCAUUUUUGCGAUAAUCUCUACUACACAAGCCAACACCAUUGAAAAUAUUGGAAACAACACUGUUAAACACCACGAACACGAUGAAUGGUUUCAGAGAAAACUUGCUGAAGCCUAUAAUGCUUCAUUAAAAGCCUAUCAUGAUGAUCCAACCGAAGUUGUCGACGAAUUAAAUCGACAUGUCCAUCAGGCAUUUGAAGGAACUAAUAGUACAAGAAGAGGUCUAAGUAGGUAUAAGGGUUCAUGCAAGGCUCAAAACCCAAUUGAUCGUUGUUGGAGGUGCAAGGCCAAUUGGGCUCGAGACCGGAAAAAACUGGCAGAUUGUGUCAAGGGAUUCGGACGUCGUACCACUGGAGGAAAGGAUGGUCCGUAUUAUGUUGUUACGGAUUCUUCCGAUAAUGAUGUGGUGAACCCUAAGCCAGGAACCCUCCGUUUUGGGGUGCUUCAACCCGGACCCUUGUGGAUUAUAUUUGCUGCGGAUAUGAAAAUAGUACUUAAGGGAGAACUAAUAGUGACAAGUGACAAGACAAUCGAUGGUCGUGGGGCACAAGUCCAGAUAGCCGAUGGAGCUGGGAUUACCAUCCAAUUUGCUAACAAUGUCAUAAUUCAUAACAUUAAGAUUCAUGACAUUAAGCCUGCUUUCGGAGGAUUAAUUAGGGAUACUUAUGACCACUUUGGCAUUAGGGGUGCUGAUGAUGGAGAUGGUAUUAACGUCUUCGCCUCGACCAACAUUUGGCUAGACCAUCUUUCUAUGUGGAAUUGUAGAGACGGUCUUAUUGAUAUCGUUAAAGGUUCCACCGCUAUCACCCUUUCUAACAACCACUUCACCCGACACGACCAUGUGUUGUUGUUUGGGGCUAGUGAUACCGAUCCAAAGGACGAGAUUAUGCAAAUAUCCCUAGCCUUCAACCACUUUGGAAAAGGGCUUGUCCAAAGAAUGCCAAGGUGUAGAUUUGGUUUCUUCCAUGUUCUAAACAACGAUUACACACACUGGAUAAUGUAUGCUAUUGGUGGUACUGCACACCCCACCAUCAUCAGUCAAGGCAACCGAUUCAUUGCUCCUCCAGAUCCUACAGCUAAAAUGAUCACGAACAGGAACAACGUUGUGGGAGAAGAGUGGAAAAAUUGGAUAUGGAGAUCAGAGAACGAUGUAUUCUUGAAUGGAGCAUACUUUGUGGAAUCGGGACAUCCCUUGGACGAAAAACGUUUCAAGAAAGAUUUCAUAAAAUCAAAACCAGGAACAUAUGUGAGGAGAUUGACCCGUUUCGCAGGUCAACGCAGAUGCAUUAUUGGCAAGAGCUGCUAGAUGUAUUAUUACUUGUAUUUAUAUGUUUAUUUUGUUUUACAACAUUUUAUUCAAUUCAAAUAAUUUUUUUUCACUUUUUUGGUCUUACAAAAUGUGGCAUUCUAGUCGAAGAAAAAUAAUUAAAAUAAUUUUUUCUA